UAUCGCUUCUCUGUUCUUGCUCAACUGUCGAAACAAGCCACCAGCGAAAACAACUUAAAAAUCAAAUUUUCGCCGCCAUGGGUGAGGAAGAAGGGAUGAAGGAGAACUUACACAAGUCGAGCUCCUGCAACGGCAGCAACGGAACCACAUCGACGGAUCCCAAUGAGUAUACUGUAAUCAAAGAAGGAGAAGCAGAGAUUCUUAUGCACGCAAAAAACGAAGUCUUCUAUAACAAAACCCAGGUUAACAAUAGGGACCUAUCCAUUGCUGUCCUGAGGACCUUUAUUUCGAAAAGCAAAGAAGAGCAUGCAUCAAUGUUGGCCAAAAGGAAUAAAACAGCACAUAAGGCAUUAGAAGAUGUUUCUUCUGGACGUGUAGAAGAAGAGGAGGAAGCAAAGUCCAUGCAUGAUUCUGGAAAAUUAAAUGGAGCAUGUGAAGUUCAGAUGGAUCCAUCUCAAAAUGAAUCAUGUGACAUCUUGCCAGAACCUGUUUUGACCACAGAGAGUAAAGGGCCAGAGGAAAUGAAGACACACAGAGUUCUUGAGGCAUUGUCUGCUUCUGGGUUAAGGGCUCUGCGAUAUGCACGUGAAGUGGAAGGAAUUGGUAAAGUUGUGGCUCUAGACAAUGAUAAAGCAUCUGUUGAAGCUUGCAAGAGAAACAUAAAGUUCAAUGGUUCAGUGGCCAUGUCAAAGGUGGAGUCUCAUCUUGCUGAUGCUCGUGUUUUUAUGCUUACGCACCCGAAAGAAUUUGAUGUGGUUGAUCUUGAUCCUUAUGGUUCACCUUCUGUGUUCUUGGACUCUGCGGUUCAAUCUGUUGUUGAUGGAGGCAUGUUGAUGUGCACAGCAACUGAUAUGGCAGUGCUCUGUGGGGGCAAUGGGGAGGUCUGCUACUCCAAAUAUGGCUCUUAUCCACUUAGAGGAAAAUACUGCCAUGAAAUGGCAUUGAGGAUCCUCCUUGCAUGCAUUGAGAGCCAUGCAAAUCGUUACAAGCGAUACAUUGUUCCUGUCCUCUCGGUACAGAUGGAUUUUUAUGUGCGGGUCUUUGUGCGUAUAUUCUCUUCUGCAAGUGCAAUGAAGAACACGCCUCUUAAGCUCUCGUAUGUUUAUCAGUGCAUUGGCUGUGAUUCUUUCCAUCUGCAGUGCCUUGGAAGGACAGUGGAGAAGAAUAACAGCGUCAGAUAUUUACCGGGAUUUGGUCCUGUAGUUCCUCAAGAGUGCAGUGAUUGUGGAAAGAAGUUUAACAUGGGUGGUCCCAUAUGGUCUGCUCCAAUCCAUGAUCAAGAAUGGGUUGCUUCUAUUUUGGCAAAUGUUAAAUCUAUGAAGGAUCGGUAUCCUGCUUAUGAUCGGAUCUCUGCCGUACUCACGACAAUAUCAGAGGAAUUGCCAGAUGUUCCUCUUUUUGUGAGUUUGCACAACCUCUGUGCAACAUUAAAAUGCACUUCACCUUCGGCAGUGAUGUUCCGUUCAGCAGUGAUUAAUGCAGGAUAUCGUAUUUCUGGAACUCACGUCAAUCCUUUAGGGCUCAAAUCAGAUGCUUCCAUGGAUGUUAUUUGGGAUAUCAUGCGCUGCUGGGUCAAGAGUCAUCCAGUGAAAGCUCAAUCACCUGAUCAAUCUGGAAGUGUGAUCCUUGCCAAGGAACCUACAUUGCAAGCUAAUUUUGCUCGAGCAGUUGCUUCCCUUAGCAAAGCACAAGCUAAGAAGGUAGCACGUUUUCUUCCAAAUCCUGAAAGGCAUUGGGGACCAAAGCUUAGGGCUGGUCGUCAGAUCACAAGCAAGCAUGCAUCUCUAUUGGGUCCUGAGGCAGUUCCUAACUCCAAUAACCAUGAAGAAGGAGAUGAACAUAAUUCUAAGCGCCAGAAGACGGAUAAUUCCAACAACUCCCUUUCAUGAUCAGGUUAACCUUCCUUUUAACAUUUUAUGCAUCUCUCUAUACAGUCUGUCUAGGCAAGAGGCUGUUUGCACCAGUAGCAACACUUCCUCCUCACCUGUGAGAGAGUUCCAAGUGGGCAUUCCCAGGCAAGAAAUGGCUUGGGGGAGGAGAUUUGAGUGUUCCCUUUCCGGUUAAGUUGUUAUGUAGCGUGUUAUUUUCUUAUUUAUGGAAUUUUGUUUGUUCACUUGUAUUCCUUUGAUUAAGAGGCAAGUUUUGAGCUCAAAUUUUUGUUUAGAUUUUUAAGAAUUGUAGGGGUUGAUCUUUUUUUCUUUUCAUUAGUGAAGCCAUAUGUAACAUUAUUGAGUACCAAUAAUAAUUUAUUGGUAGAUUGU